AUGGUCAACAGUACAGCUGCCGUCUUGGAGCCCACAUUCACGGGAUAUGUUGCGACCACCACAGAUGCCUUGAUUCUCUUCGAAGCCUGUCUGACCGGCGUCCUGCACCAUGUCCCGCGUCGUCCCCAUGACCGGGAGCGCAGUCAUCUCGUCCGCAGUGGAAGCGUCUUCAUCUACGAGGAGAACUCGUCUGGCAUCAAGAGAUGGACCGACGGCGUGACCUGGAGUCCAAGUCGAAUUCUCGGCAACUUUCUCGUCUACCGAGAACUCGAGAAGCCUUUCCCGCCGGGUGAGAAGAAGCGCGCCAUGAAGAAGGCCAACCGUCGACCGGCUCCCCCCAGCAGGCCUGGCGAGCCCUAUCCGCGCCAUGAUAGCACCGCCCAGAGCUACUCCCCAUCCCCUUCGUCCUCGGGUCCGUUUGGAGGUGACCGCACACAUCAGUCGGAGGUAGAGAGAGCCCUGGUCGGUUCCCUUGUCGAUUCGUACGGCUUCAAGGAUUCGGGGUUGGUCAAGAAGACCAUGAGUGUGACUGUCGCCGGUGUGACGCACCAUCUCGUGUCUUACUACAGUGUCGAUGAUGUUAUGCGCGGUGUCUUGAGCCCUCCGUCAAUGGUCGAAUCUUUGAGAUGCAUUCGUCCACGCAUGGAAUUGACCCAAAAGCAAAGCUUCCGCGCUCCCAUCGAUGAUCUGGAAACCAGCGGCUUGGACAAUCCCAACGAUCCCGCCCAUGCCAUUUACAGCUACCGUCCUCCGAUGAUGGCGCCCCCGGGCUAUGCCAUCCAGCCUACUGCACACACAGACUUUUACAUGCAUACGAAUCCGUACGCGGCGCAUCCUCCGCCUCCAGCUCCUAUGGCAGGUUAUUCGAUGGCGGGACCGAUCCCUGCUCAGCCGGCUCCGAACCCGUACCUGCCAACUCCAGCAGCUGCCGCACAACCACACAUCAAAUCCGAAGAAUAUCCCCCACCCUUCCGAGCUCCUUAUGCGACUACAACCGCCUUUGAGCCCCCUAGUUAUAACCCGCUGGCUUCGUCCAUGCCACCCGCUCUAAACACCGCUAUUCCUAGUUCUCUGGGCAGCGAUCGUAGUCGGUCUCAGUCUGAGCAGAGCCCGACUGCUUACCGGAAUCCAUCUAUCUCUUCGCGCAGCGUGGCUACCGAUGCCACCUCUCCGAUCGACCCAUCGACCCCGGCCAGCUAUUCCCGCGGAAGUUUCAGCCUCGCGAGUCAGUUGGAGGGGUCGCACCCGUCGAUGGAGCCCCGGGGUGUGGCUGGUUUCGACCCAUCGAUUCCCCGUCGGGAGUCCAUUCCAUACUACGCGCGCGAUAACCGAUAUUACAUGGGCGCGACUGCACCGGGAGCACAUGCCACUUAUCCCCAGCAGAUUUCGCCGUGGACCACCACCGCGCCCGCACAACCGCAGAUCUAA